AUGUCCCUGCAGCUCCUGAGGAAACUGGGUGAGGCCGCUCUCAAGCCGCAGAACGUCGGUGGCGUGUGGCACAAAGCACAAAUCUCGGCCAAGAACGUCGCAAAGCUGCGCCGAGAGGCGCUCCUUGCCACUGGCAAGUGGGAGUUUGAGCCCGAGCCAAAGGAGGAGAAGCCCCGCAAGCCAAACAAGGGCCACAAACACGAUCGCCAGAAGCCUGCGAGGAUGAGGGUCAUCGCUGAGAAUCUGGCUGGCAUGGACGAGCGCAUUGAGAAGCACAGGGCCGCCAAGCGCGAGAUCAAGGCCUCCCUCAUCGACCGCCUGACCAUGACCCCCAAGCAGCUGCGGCAGAAGGCCAAGAGCGGUUAG